CUGCAACAGUGGGUGCACAAGAUCAACAAGGCCAGUACCAAGCUCAACCUGCGGCUGAAGGGCACGGAGACGGUGGCCCAGAUGGAACGGCUGGCGCUUCAGCAAGCCUAUCGUGAUGUGGUGGGCUUCGGCAAGUUCGCCUCCCUGGAGUACCAGGACAUCAAUCGCUACCAGCCGGGGUACCGCGAGUGGAUGCUCAAGACCGACGCCGAGAGCAACGAGUGCGAUUUCAGACUCAAACGCCUGGCGACGUGGCUACGCCAGAAUCCACCCCUGCCCAAGGAGAAGAGCAUCGAGGACCUCCUGGUCAAGAACCCCAAGAGUGCCUCGCAGGCCGAGAAGAGCAGCAAGGGGUCCGCAAGCUCAGCGACCUCCACCGAGAUCAUGAAUGUGCUCCAGCAGUUGGCCGGCGUGGCGCAGAACGGGCAGGAGGACGUGGCGGAGAUGCGAGAGGAGCGUCCCCGACGCAAAGCCGCAAGCCACACUCCGAGAGCACCUCGGAAGAAGAUCGAGCAGCAGUGA